AGCUUCCAAAAAAGGCAGGAGGAGGGACUGUGGAGGAUUAGACAGCAGCUUUGCUACAAAAGACACAAGCCACAAUCAUUUCUGGUGUUAUAUGAAGCGGCCAACAAGCAGGGAGCUCUCACCGUACACAGCUCCGUCAAAGGCAGGAUAAGGCGGAGAAAAUAUUAUCCCUCUUGGUUUAUUAGGAAGCUAUUGAGAUACAGCUUGGCGGGAAGGCAAACAGCUCUGGGAUAAUGCUGACAGCCUGACGAGGUCCGCUGCCAAGGCAACACGUCGCCUACCCUGCAAAUCUGAGAACACUCCAGCAACCCUUAUGCGCAUGGUGCCAAAAAUGAGGGAAAGCAUGCCACAGACACCAAUAUUUCCCAGCAUGCUUGGCUCUUCCUGUAGUGGACAGGUACAGCCAGAAAUGGGGGAGCAAUGUGGAGAUCCAGUAUAUCAAGAUGGCUGUUUGGUGUCUGGGUCCUUGGAAGCCUUGAUUGAACGCCUGGUGCCUACAGUGGAUUACUAUCCAGAUAGAACCUACAUCUUCACCUUCCUGCUGAGUGCACGUGUUUUCAUCCACCCCCAUGAGAUUCUAGCAAAAGUGGGACAGAUCUGCAUCAAACAGAAACAACAGCUGGAAGCCGGAACAGAGGCUGACAAGGCUAAACUCAAGUCUUUUGCUGCUAAGAUCAUCCAGCUACUGAGGGAAUGGACUGAGACGUUUCCUUUCGACUUCCAGGAUGAAAGGGCCAGGAAGGAGCUAAAGGAGAUUGCACAGAGGAUCACACAAUGUGAUGAGGAGAAUGGUACAAUCAAGAAGAGUAUUAGCCAGAUGACCCAGAACGUGCUGCUAGUUCUUUCCACAAGGGGCCAAUAUCAGGAAAUUCGAGAGAAAAUCCGACAACCAGUUAUGGACAAAGGGACAAUUCUCAAAGCCAAGCCGCAGUCUGCACAAAAAGAUAUCCUGAGUGUGUGUGGAGACCCACUAGUCUUUGCUCAGCAGCUCACGACAAUCGAAUUAGAGCGUCUAGGAAACAUCUACCCUGAAGAUCUAAUGCAGAUAAUCAGUCACAUGGACUCUCUGGAUAACCAUAAUUGCCGAAGUGAUGUCACCAAGACCUAUAACCUAGAGGCCUAUGAUAACUGGUUUAACUGCCUCAGUAUGCUGGUGGCUACAGAGAUAUGCAAGGUUGUAAAAAAGAAGCAGAGAACAAGAGUGAUGGAGUUCUUCAUAGAUGUUGCACGGGAAUGUUUCAACAUUGGCAAUUUCAACUCUAUGAUGGCCAUAAUUUCUGGGAUGAACCUCAGUCCUGUGGCACGGCUAAAGAAGACAUGGUCAAAAGUCAAAACAGCCAAGUUUGAUGUCUUGGAGCACCAUAUGGACCCAUCCAGCAACUUCUGCAAUUACCGCACGGCACUUCAAGGAGCAGCACAAAGAUCCCAGAGUGCCAACAGCAGUCGGGAGAAAAUAGUUAUCCCUGUGUUCAACCUGUUUAUCAAAGAUAUUUUCUUCCUUCAUAAGAUGCACCCCAAUCGAUUACCAAAUGGGCACAUUCAUUUUAAGAAGUUUGUGGAGAUUUCCAGACAAAUUCACGAUUUCCUAACCUGGAAGCAGGUAGAAUGUCCAUUUGAAAAGGAUAAGAAAAUUCAAUCCUACCUUCUAACAUCUCCAAUUUACUCAGAAGAAGCUCUCUUUGUGGCUUCCUUUGAAAAUGAGGGUCCAGAUAAUCACAUGGAAAAGGACAGCUGGAAGUCUCUCAGGUAUUACCAUCACUUUCAUCAUGGAGACUCUAAAUUGAAGUGUAUCAUCAGUACUUUCUUACAUCAGACACCCUAACCCCAGGUCUACCAUAGGCACAGAUCUAUUGUGUCCAUAGGUCAACACUUUUAAACCGAGCCUGAGAGACAGUUCUUUGGUCUCCUGAAGCACACAGGAAUUUUGUUCUUUAUGUUAGUUUUUUGUUGUAUUGUGUAGAAUGUUUUGGUCAGGAAGACAGUCCUCGCUGGUUGGGGGUCUGCUGAUUUUUGUACAUAAUCUUUUACAAGACUAAAAAAUACUGGUAUAUGAAUAUAAAUAUAUAUAUAUAUAUUUCAUGCUUAAAGCACUUAUGGAAGAAAUAAAUCAGAAAGGGAUACCUGUUUUCUUACUUUUAUUGUUUAUUGUAAAGAAUAAAGAACCCUAUGCUGCUGGAAUGGCCACUAAAAUGCUGAAUUUAUACAUGCAUUCUAUAAGCCUUUUUCACAUAAGGGUUAGCCCCGUUUAUGCUACUACUACUACUACUACUACUACUAUUAUUAUUAUUAUUAUUAUUAUUACUACACAAGGGCAGGGCCCUGCUUUCUCAAAUUGAUGGGUAUUUCUACAUCUAUGGGUUUUUAAUGGGCACUGGAAAACAUUAUAGAUCAUUUGUCUGCCCACAUAAACUAUUGGUUGCUAAAAUAAUUAACUAUUCAUGCCACAUUUUAGAGCACUUGAGUUUCUAAAAGGUUUACUGCUCUCUGACUCUUUGGUUUAACGGUCAAUGUAUUUAUAUGGAGGAAGUUAUAGAGGCAGAUUGAUAAAAACACCAUGAACCAGACACAUUGAUAACCCAUAUAUGUUUGUCUGAUAUUAGUCAGAUUCAAUGAAGGUGCCUUUGAAAUGAUUCUUUCCAAAAAAACAUUAUAUAUAUAUAUAUCAAAACCACUAAACCAUAGCAAUGCAGGAAUGCAGGGUCAAACAAGUCAAUAUCACUGCAAAUCUCCUACUUUGUUAGGCCCCUUUCACACUACCCAAUUUUCCAUGCGGGUGCAAUGCUUGAAUCUUGGUCCAUUAACUUUUAUGGGUCUUUGUACAUGAGCAUUGCUUUUCACGCAUCAUCUCUGCAUUACAUGAAAAUUGCAGCAUGUUCUAUAUUUUGCAUUUUUCACGCAGCUCUGGUCCUUUAGAAGUUAAUAGGGCUUCAGUGAAAAACAUAUAGAUAUCUAAAUCCAGAUGCAGUUCUGAUGCAAAGCAGUUUUCACUUAUGAUUGCUAUGUGAUGUAGAUUGUUGACUGCACUUGCGUGCAAAACCAUCAUUUUUUUCCUGAACAGAUCCAAAAACAAUCUGUAUCGUUCGUGUGAAAGAGGCCUUAGAAAAAAAUUGAGGAAGGCCAGGCAUGGUGUUUGAGCUUUGAGAGGAGUCGGCUGGAAGUGUAACGUACCAACUCCCUGUAUAUCACUGCUGCACUAGUGGCCUCAGCAGUGACAUGUGCAGGCACAGUUUGUGACUGUUGAGGCCAUUGAUUGGCCAGCAGUGGGGAUGUGACGGGAGUCAAUAUGGUACACAUCUGGCCAGGCUCGAACCAGAAGGAGUGUGGGUGGAGAGGAAUCGCAAGAAUGGGCCAACCAGAGCAGAUAGUGUUUUUUUAUUUAUUUUUUAUUUACUUACACACCAUGCCCAGCAAUUCCCAUUUUUUUCAGGUCCUGGACAGCCCCUUUACUAUAGCACAUACAUACAUAUACUCAUCUGAAGUUACAGGUUAAGAAUACUAUUUAAAGUGUGCCUCCACACUACAGGCUAUACAUCGGAUACAUCUAGCCACCAAAAAUGGCCAAUUUAUUGUCUGUAGCUCAGGAGCAGUUCAUUUAUAUCCAAAUGUUGCAUUAUCUCUCAGAACAACAUUCGCUGGUUUAUAAAUCAACGAAAUCUAUUUUUUUUUCUGUCACAUUUUUCUUCAAGUGUCCCUUUGAUACCCCAUCAGCAGUCACUAAGACAUAAUCUGGCAAAACCCAUUUAGUCUAAGUAAUCUAUGUUCGAGCUGAGACUCUUAGUACCAGACCCAUUUGCCAUCAUUGUGGUUGAAGUAUUUGUAACUGCUUUUAGCUGCUUUCUUUAGAACUAGUAAGUACUGUAUCUGACCAUUCAAUGUAUUCCAUACUACACUAACUGACCGCAUGCAAACACUUGCCGGACUACGAAGAAGAGACAUGGAAACGGCACAUCCUAAAACAUAGUCCAUUUCAUGCAACAAGACGAAUGGACAGUGUGUUGUGUAGGGGGCUUCUGUAAUGCAGGAUUGGCGGUUUCUACGCCUCAGUCAUAGUGGGACACUCAGCCUUGUAGUUAUCCCUUGGCUUAUAUUUCUCAGUACUGAAGCUUUUUUCAAAUGCACAACUUUUACACUCAGGCCUACUCAGUUCAUAACUGUAUUAUUUGGUUAUUUUGUUCUAUUCCCAUCCGCUUGUUCAAUCAAAUAUGUACCGUGAAGCAGGGUAUUCUGUGUUUGACCUAAUGUGCUUGCAUAAAUAAAUGCAGAAUUGCUUC